AUGCAGGCACUUAGAGAUCGUAUAUCAUCAAAAUUAAGUGAAAAAUCAAAAUCAAAAGAUAAUAAAGAUAAAGAUAAAGACAAAGACAAAGACAAAGACAAAGAUGGAUCAUCAUUACUUAAAACUAGUACUUCAGCUGAUGGUAAACAUACAACAUUAAGUGAUUCACAUCGUCAUCAAGGAUCAUCAUCAUCAUCGGCAAUAGCAACAAAUGCAGCAUCCGUCAAUUCUCAAUCAGCUGAAAGAGGUAUUCAAUAUUUACACUUCGCUUUUUUUUCUUCUUUUAGUUCUAUAUCAUUUCUUUCGUUUUUGACACAUAUACACAAAAGUAUUUAG